AUCAUCGCGAUAGUUUGACCUCAGUGGCGGCCCCCUGUCUUCAGUCCGGACGGAGUUGUUUCUGACGUUUGAAUGAAAAACAGUGCAAAUUACCUCGACUUUGGACCCAGGAAAUAAUGGCUUCAGCCUUGGAGCAGUUUGUGAACAAUGUGCGGCAGCUCUCCGCUCAAGGCCAGAUGACUCAGCUCUGCGAGUUGAUCAACAAGAGCGGGGAGCUGCUGGCCAAAAACCUGUCCCACCUGGACACGGUUCUGGGGGCUCUGGACAUCCAGGAGCACUCCCUGGGCGUGCUGGCUGUGCUAUUUGUGAAGUUCUCCAUGCCAAACAUCCCUGACUUUGAGACGCUGUUCUCCCAAGUCCAGCUCUUCAUCAGUACCUGCAAUGGAGAGCACAUUAGAUAUGCAACAGACACUUUUGCUGGUCUCUGCCACCAGUUGACAAACGCCCUCGUAGAGCGGAAACAGCCAUUGAGGGGUGUUGUCGUCCUAAAACAGGCAAUAGACAAAAUGCAGAUGAACACAAACCAACUUACCUCAGUUCAUGCAGACCUGUGUCAGCUGUGCUUGUUAGCGAAGUGCUUCAAGCCCGCGCUGCCCUUCUUGGAGUUGGACAUGAUGGACAUCUGUAAGGAGAACGGAGCGUACGACGCAAAGCACUUUUUAUGUUACUACUACUACGGUGGCAUGAUCUACACGGGCCUCAAAAACUUUGAAAGAGCACUGUAUUUUUAUGAACAGGCAAUAACCACUCCAGCCAUGGCAGUGAGCCACAUCAUGUUGGAAGCCUAUAAGAAAUACAUCCUGGUGUCGCUCAUUCUCCACGGCAAAGUGCAGCCACUGCCCAAAUACACCUCUCAGAUCGUGGGGAGGUUCAUCAAGCCGCUGAGCAAUGCAUACCACGAGUUAGCUCAGGUUUACACCACCAACAACCCGGCGGAGCUGCGCGGCGUCGUCAACAAACACAGCGAGCAAUUCACACGAGACAGCAACACGGGGCUGGUGAAGCAGUGCCUCUCCUCUCUCUACAAGAAGAACAUCCAGAGGCUAACCAAGACCUUUCUGACGCUGUCUUUGCAAGACAUGGCGAGCAGAGUUCAGCUGUCCGGCCCUCUGGAGGCGGAGAAAUACGUCUUACACAUGAUUGAAGACGGUGAGAUCUACGCUAGCAUUAACCAAAAGGACGGCAUGGUCUGCUUCCACGACAACCCCGAGAAAUACAACAACCCAGCAAUGCUCCACAAAAUUGACCAAGAGAUGUUGAAAUGUAUAGAGCUGGAUGAGAAACUAAAGUCUAUGGAUCAAGAAAUCACAGUAAACCCACAAUUUGUGCAGAAGAGUAUGGGAUCGCAGGAGGACGAUGUUGGUAGCAAAACAUCCAGUUAUUCCUGAGGACCCUCGGGCGACGGGGAGAGAACGCUGACGCCAGCCAACACGCUCUUCCCGGGAUGAGUUGGAUUUUUUUUAAGGAGGAAAAACAAACAAACAUUCGAUUGCAUAAGGACAUUGGUCAAGGAAAAUCUAAUUGUGUGGAAUGAUGAUGAUUUAAAUUGGGUUAUUGCUUUCUCUUCACAGUGUCGUAAAGGAUAGCAAAUUGUCCUUUUUACGAGGAAAAACAAAAAAAAAAAGAUUACAAUUUUGUCAGUGUUUUAUUUAUCAAUGUUCAGGUCGGAGCGCCACUUUAACAGAAACAACAAUAAUAAAAAAACUGGACUUAUUUGUUCCAAACAUACGUGUGAAUAAUUUCACGGUUCUGCUGCAUGACGGCCGUUUAAAUAAAAAGGGGUACAGCGUGACGAGGAUUGAAAUCUGAUAUACUUUGUAAAGAAUGCAAUGACCGUUCCUCCUGUCACUCCUUUUGGUUAGUAUUUAGACAUCAUCUGUACACAUGGACAUGCCCCUUGACCAAAACCCGGCACAAUGGAAGAGUCGUACACAAUCCCGUGCACUGUUUUGUUUGUGUUUAGUUUGUUCCUAUUCCUUUUUUAGGUUGGAUCCACUAGAGGUCGCUAGAGCACUGUAUAGGAAAAACCGUUUUGACAGCUUGUUAUUACAAGAGGGUGAAGUCAACAAACCAAACUGUCCUGUCAUUUGGGAGCUUGAGCUUUUGCGAUUGUGGAUCUGUUAAUAAUAAAUUGUUUAAGAAUAUA